AUGCUCCGUCUUCGCGCCACUAAGCAUUUGCGCUCAACAUCUUUGCGACAUUUGGGCACAAUCUCUGUACAGACUGAAGGCAUCGUGGUCCCUGGGAUUUCGACCCGACUCCCAUUCGCCUGGCUGCGCGACUCGUGCCAAUGUCCAUUAUGUGUACACCCAUCGACAAAACAAAAGCUCAGAGAGUCGUCAUCUGUGUCUUUAGACAUCCGACCGCUCCAGACUGAUGGAGCGGUCUCGUUCUCCAACACCUUUGAGGAACUUACGGUGCAAUGGGAUCCAAUUUUCGAACUCGAUAAAAAAUCUCACGUCUCUAUUUAUCCUUUGGACUUCCUUAAACGCUACUCGGACCCUCAUCAAUUACACGAAUUCCAUAAGGAUGUGGAGCUCGUCCCAUGGGUGGCAGCAGAUAUCUCAAAGUCCAGAGACUUGUUUGUUUCAUACCGGGAUCUUGAUACUCCCUCUGGACUUUUGCGAGCAAUCGUCCAGCUCAACCGCUACGGUCUCCUGUUCGUUCGUGGGGUUCCCAAUGAGGCCACCAACGAUCAUUCUUGCGAGUUGCCAUCGCUCGCAACAAGUUUUGGAGAGAUACGCGAGACUUUCUAUGGACGGGUGUGGGACGUAAAGAAUGUCAAGAACAGCAAAAACAUUGCCUACACUAAUCUCAAUCUAGACCUUCACAUGGACCUGUUAUAUUUCCAACACCCACCGAGAUAUCAAAUCCUCCAUUGCUUGCGAAAUCGCGUCAAAGGCGGCGUCUCGAUAUUCGUUGACGCGUUCAAAGCGGCGGAGAAACUAUACGAGUCUUCAAAGGAAGCUUUUGAGGUGCUUUCAACGACUCCUGUCGAGUUCCACUACAUCAACGACGGCCACCACCUCCACCAAUCCCACACAACAAUCGAACUGGCCCCAGCACAUGCAAAGGAUCAACGAACCACACAAGCAUCUGUACCAAAUAUUGCUUUCAUCAACUACUCUCCUCCGUUCCAAGCACCACUUUCUAUCAACACCCCACCGACUUUCUACUCAUCCCUCGCCCAGUUUGCCGAGCUCUUACGACAACCCGAAAAUCGUUUCGAGUAUUUGCUAAAGGAAGGCGACGCUGUGCUAUUUGAUAACCGGAGAGUCCUGCACGCCCGGUCCGCAUUUGAGGAGUGGACAGAAGAAGAGCGCCCCAGCAACGUCCCGCCGGCGAUGGAAGGCGAGACAAGCCGGUGGCUAAAAGGUUGCUACCUGGAGUCGGAUGCCGUCUGGGACCUCAUGAGAGUCCUCAGGAGCAAGGCCGAAUGA